AUGAUGUUAGAAAUUCCAAUGCUUAAAAAAUUGAAUACUAAAAUAGAACCAAAUUUUGAUUGCAGUAGUUCUAAACUUUAUGACAAAGGAGAAAACAUCUAUAUUCCAUUAGAUGGGAAACUCACAACAGAUUAAUUUGUAUUUCUACCAAAUUAAGCAUUUACAUAAAUGGGUCUCUGUUAGUAAAUUCUCUAUGCAUUAAAAAAAGAAAGCUAUAAUCAUAGAGUAUUAAUUAUUAAAGUGAAUAACAUAUGGCCACAUCUAGAUUAUGAAAUUAAGGAAGAUCUCAAAUAUUUACAACUGAUAACUUAAAACAAACUCUUAAACAAAUACUCUACACUACCAACAUUUCUAUUCUAAUAUUUAGAUAGGAUUAUAGUUAUGCAUAAAUAGGUUGUAAAUAUAGAGAAUACAAUUGUAUUUAUAGCUGAUGGUAUCAUGUUUCAGAAUGGAAGACAAGUGAUACAUCAUUUUGAAGGGGAGGCUGUUGCAAUUACUGAAUGUAGAUUAUAUGGCUUAAAAAAAUCAAGUAUAUAGAAUAUGAAUAUAAGGAUAUUCAAAAUUUGACUUUAUUUGGUGAGUGUGAUGUCAAAUUAACUCUACAUAAUCAAGAAUUAAUGUUGAAAUCAGCAGUCCUAUAAUUUGAUUCUCCUAAAUAUGCUUAACAAAGUGUUAUCAAGGAUAUUAAAACUAUUAAAGAGUUAAUAAAAGGAGAAGAUUAUUUGUAAUUAAGAUAAAAAUUAAAUGAAGUAUUUGGUAAGAAAAUAAGUGAUUAAUAAUAAUAAAUUACUAUCUAAUAGAUUUAAUAAUAAUAACAAUAAUUCUAGUAGAAUAGUGUAAGAUAGAGAACAUCUAGUAAUUAAGAUGAUUAAUUAAAAAAAUAAAUCUUUCGUAGAAUUUAUGUUGCAAGAGAAAUAGACAAAACUUAAAAAGAAUAACCUUCACUUGGAGAAAUAAAAAAAAUUAAUUAUACUCCUUUGCGUAAUAGAUAAUCUCGUGUGAAGAUGAACAGUUCUAAUAUUAGAUAAAAGACUAUAGAAAAUUAAUCAUAAAAUUAGUAAUCUUCUGUUUAAUAAUAAUGUUUACCUAUUAUUAAAAGUUUUGUUAAUAUGGAAGAAUAUCAAUAACAAUAAUAGUAAAUGAAGAAAAAGAAAGAUCAAUAUAGAAAGAAACAUAUUUAAAAUAAGUUUAUUGAAUUUGAUAAAAUUUUGAAUUAGUUAAUAAAAUGA